AUGAUGGAGCCCACUGCCCUAGAUGGUAUUAUGUCGUCAUCGUCAUCAACAAGCAGUAAACAAGGAGGGGAUGCAAGUCAGAUAGUACAGCCGUCCUACCCUGUCAGGCUCGCUAGAGGCCUCUCUCGAAUGUACACCUACUACCUAGAGAAGACUACUAUCUGGACCAAGAGUCGUUGGUUGUCCUUCUUCAUCGCAUGUGCUUUAUAUGGUAUCAGGGUGUAUUUCCUUCAGGGUUUUUACAUCAUCACCUAUGGAUGGUCCAUCUACCUAUUAAAUCUGUUUAUAGGCUUUAUAUCCCCUCAA